GGUACAACUGUAGCCCUGGUUGAUUUUGUUUAUAAUACUCUGGUGCUUUCCGAAUCCCAUUUAAAUGGACGAAAUCCUGUUUCCCACGCAGCAGAAAAACAAUUCCUUGAGCGACGGCGACGAUGUCGACCUCAAAUUCUUCCAAACUUCUACCGGCGAGCGGAAAGACAGCGAGACCUCGGAUCCGGGAAACGAUGCGGAUCGUGAUGGCAAAGAUGCGGAUGGUGACAACGACAACAAGAACACGGAUGGUGAUGGUGACUCUGGCGAGCCGGCGCACAAAAAGCUUAAGACUAAAAAGGAACUGGAGGAGGAGGAGCGCGAACGAAUGCAGGUUCUCGUUUCCAACUUUACGGAGGAACAGCUGGAUCGCUACGAAAUGUAUCGUCGCUCAGCCUUUCCCAAGGCCGCCGUCAAGCGUCUGAUGCAAACUAUCACCGGCUGUUCCGUGUCCCAGAAUGUUGUGAUAGCCAUGUCCGGCAUUGCCAAGGUCUUUGUCGGCGAGGUAGUGGAGGAGGCCCUCGACGUGAUGGAGGCCCAAGGAGAAUCCGGUGCCCUGCAACCAAAAUUCAUACGAGAGGCAGUGCGUCGACUGAGGACCAAGGAUCGGAUGCCCAUAGGCCGAUACCAGCAGCCCUAUUUCAGACUGAACUAGCAAGUCGUGGAGUUAAGAAUAUAGUUUGUAAGACUGUUAGUCAAUAUAAGAAUAUAUGUAUAGAAAAGAAAAAUUAAUAAAUAUAAAGAUGUCUUUACCAAGCUUACCAAGAA